AUGUCGAAAUUAAACUAAUUUAAAGAACCCCUAGAUAAAAACAUUUAACCAAUUAAAGAAAACGAAAGCACAGAUGAUAACAUUGAUAAUAAUAAUUCAGAGGUUUGUAUAAAUUUAUCCAUUUACCUUUAGAUAACAAAAGAAUCAUAUACAUAACCGUUUUUAUAAAUUCAAUAACACGCUUAGAGAAGUCCUUUUUUAAAUAAUGAAGGUCUUGUCUACUCAAGCUCUGAGCUUCAAAGUGAAAUAAAUCAAUUUAGUUCUAUGGAGGAAUUAUCAUCAAAACUAAAUACUUAUAUCGAUUCAUAUUUAUAAGAAUUGAGAUAACCUUAAUCAUUUCUAGAAUAACUUUCAUUUAAAUAAUCUGAAAGUUAUGAAGAGGACUCCUCAGAAAGUCUAUGUUAAAGAAUUUAUUCGAAAUUUGUAUCUUAGAUAAACUUAUCUGUCGUUUAAUCAUAUGAUUAUAUCUCAAGUAUAGAUGAGAAAUAACAAGAGGAAACUCCAUUAUCACUCUCAACCCCAAUAUUGAAUUAGGAAGUUGAAAUUCUUCCUGAUAAAACUUUCAGUGGAUCAAAAAAAUUAUUUUAGGAUUAAUUUCAUUUAACCUGCAGCUACCCUUUAAGUUAAGUUUGA